AUGAUGAAAAUCAACGAGAACGAGGAAUUGCACAUGAACCUGUUCGAGGUGCAGCGCCAGCGCGAGGAGGAGGAGCAACGUCUGCACGAGUCCCACGCGGCAGUACGUGGUGAGCUGGAGCAGAAAGCUUCGGACUUGGAGGCCGAGAGGACCCAGAAGAGCAGGCUGCUCACGGAGUCGCAGGAGCUGGCGCGGCAAAUCCAGUACCUGGAGGACCAGCUGUCGGAGUCCCAGACCCUUGCCGGCGAGCUGCGCCGCAGCCUGCACGACCAGAGGCGCGGUGCCGCGCAGGAGGCGCGGAGCCUGCGCACGCAGCUCGCGCGGUGGGCGCCCUUCGACGAGGCGGAGCACCCUGCGUGGAGCCGCUGGGACUCCCGCCCGGCGCGGGGCCGCGAGGCCCACCGGCAGGGCCAGGCUUCGCAGCACCUGCAGGCCAGCAUCGCGGACGCGUGCAGGCAGGGCUGCGGCGUCUUCCAGGCGUGGUCCCGCGUCUUCGGCUCAGGCUGCGACGAGGAGCCGGCCGCGCGCCUCAGGGUCAGGUCGAGGCUGGCGGAUGUCGCGCAACAGCUGGCUGUGGCGAUGGAGGCGGCCCCGGAGCUGUUCGCCGCCUCCUGGCAUCCGGGGCCAGGCGGGGCGCUCCUGGCUGGGCGAUUCCGGCAGGGCGCCGACGCCAUCCUGAGGCUGCACAGGAGGUGGGCCACAUACCAGUCGCUGCUGCUGCUGCACGAUUGGAGCGGCGGCCAGGCGGGGCGCUCCACGCAGGAGGAGAUCCAGGCGCAGGCGUUCGUAGACUGCAUGUGGAGACUGUGUCGCUGCGUCAAGUCGCUUUUCGUCAAGCUGUCGCUGCUCGCCUGCAUGCCUACGCUGCUGAUGCGAGAUUGCAGCUCGAACCACUUCGAUCUGGCCCGUGCGAGCCUCAGACGGCCCCGCCGACUCGACGGCGAGAGGUCGCAGCCCGACACGGAGCUGCUGGAGGUAACCCCGGGGGCCGCCUCCUCCACGGCUGCACCGCCCAUGGGCGACCCGCCGGCCGAGAGGGUUCCCGGGCUGCUUCUGGAGCGGCUGCGCGGUAGGGCGCGGGAUGCGCUGCAGUGCUGGGAAGGUAUCGGUCGGUGCCUGUCCGCGCUGGCCACGCAGCAGGCCGGGGCGCUGGACGGCCAGGGGCGGGAAGGCAGGGCCAUGCUGGAGCUGCUGGAGUCCAUCAAGAGACUCUGCUCCCUCACGGCGGAGCGCGUGCUGCCCACGGCGGACUGCGCCGCGGCGGGCGUGGCGGCGCCGGGGGGCCUGGCGCUCCUGGGGCCGGGCGCCAGCCUGCGGGCCGCGCAGGCCGUGGCUGGCCGGGGCUAUCUGCGCCGGGCCACGGCGCGGCUGGCGCAGGCGCCAGUGGGCAUCGGCUUCGAGGAGGCCCUGCAGGCUCGGCGGGCGGUGCGGCAGCUGAUGGCCAACAGGCCCGCGAGGGGGGGAGGAGGGGCGGGCCUGGUCGGGGGCGCUGACAAAGGAGGGGGGGAUCGGCUCGGGGAGGGGAACGUACCGACUUCCAAUCCUGGCCAGCCCCCCCGGUCCCCCUGUUCGACUCUCUUCCUCUGGGGGAGGAGGGCGGUGCUCGCGGCGGCUGCUUCAUGA